CCGUCUGCUGUCAAUUAGACACUGGCUACCAAAGCAGAGGGUGAACAAAACAUCAGAUUUGUUCACGGUGUGACGGUCGUUAUCUGCAGUUUUUCUCGGCGAAUAUUCGGAAAAAAGUCUUAACGGAUAAAAUGCAAAGUGUAUUUAAUUCGGUGAAGGGCACAGCUCUGGGGGUGGCUGAGUACCUGACGCCAGUUCUGAAGGAAAGUAAAUUCCGCGAGACAGGAGUCCUUACGCCUGAAGAGUUUGUAGCCGCCGGGGAUCAUUUGGUUCAUCAUUGUCCGACGUGGCAAUGGGCAACAGGGGAUGAGGCGAAAAUCAAAUCUUAUUUACCGAAAGACAAACAAUUCCUUAUCACACGAAAUGUGCCAUGUUAUCGACGCUGUAAACAGAUGGAGUACGUCGGAGAGGAGACUGUGGUUGAAGACGACACAGGCGAUGGAGGCUGGGUCGAGACGCAUCACUAUGAUAACGACGGGACCACUGAGCUGGAGGACAAGGUCUGCGAAAUGACACUGGACAAUGCUAAGCUCGACGAGUGUAUUGAUAACAACCCAAGUAAAAACAACGCCGAUAAUGAUGACGACGAAGACGAUGAGGCCAUUGACAUGGAAGAAUUCGAGGAAAGCGGCUUGUUAGAUCUAGUGGACCCAGCCACAGCAACAACAACAAAGAAUCCUGAGGCCGAAACAAAUAGCCCAACUGAUGGCGGUGACGGAGACGCGGGGGAUUCAGUGAUUCACACGAGGACCUACGAUCUGCACAUCACAUAUGACAAGUACUAUCAGACGCCAAGGCUAUGGGUUGUAGGAUACGACGAGAACAGGAAACCACUAACAGUCGAACAAAUGUAUGAGGAUGUCAGCCAGGAUCAUGCUAAGAAGACAGUAACGAUGGAAUCACACCCUCAUUUGCCUGGACCGAAUAUGGCGUCGGUUCACCCUUGCAAACAUGCUGACAUCAUGAAGAAAAUCAUCCAGACCGUGGAAGAUGGUGGCGGAGAGCUGGGGGUUCACAUGUAUCUCAUAAUCUUCUUGAAAUUUGUACAAACUGUUAUUCCAACUAUCGAAUACGAUUUCACACAAAACUUUACAAUGUAAUCAAUUAAGCACUUACUGAGAUUCAACAUCAUUACAUCCAUUUUUGCUAAACAGUCACGUUAAACACAAAAGAGAAUACAAAACAUUAUUCAGAUGUAAUAAUUCUAUUCUAGACAUGUGCUUAGCAUUUAUAUCAAUUAAAUCGAAAGCAAAAGAAAAUUUGGUAAUGAAACGAUGAGAGAAGGUUGACAUCGAUUUUAAUUUAGGUAGGGAGAUCGGAGUGAAGGAAAAUGACAAGAAAAUUAUGAUGAGAUUUUAAGAUUAGACUUUUACAAGUGAGUUUUUUUCACACAAUGUUAUUCGAUGUGUAUACAAUUAGGAUUGGUCGGAACGGAAUUCAGCAUGGCUUUCAAGCAAGCGGAAAUGUGAUUGUCAGCAAGCUUUUUGCAAAAUAAAUACUAUUUAAAAAUUAAAAGAAA